AUGUAUUGCUCAUUACUCCUCCGCCUCUGUUACAUAUCGUUCAUCCUAGCGUUUUCAAAGCAAGUGAACAGCUAUCCAAGUUCUGAAAGCGUCAGAGAUCUACCAUUAUGUGCUAAACAAUGUGCUGCACAGAUACACGCCGCCAUGAGCGGAUGUCCUCUCGCAAAUAAGAAUUGUGCUUGUAAAUUUUUGGACUCUUACACGCUCUGCGCCAUUUCAAAUUGUCAUGGACUUGACCUAGCCCCGGCUGUACGAGCUCCUUUGCAAGCAUUUAUUCCCGAAGUUGUCCUUGCAAAUGAUGAUUUAGAAGUUAUCUGUGUAAACGGAAAAACGCGUACCGAAAAGCAUCCCACCUCUACGACCCCUUCUCUAGUUGGUCAUGGUAUGGUCAUGACGCUUGGGAAAAACGGUGGCUUAGAUGCAGUAGUGGAAGAACUAGACGAAUCUUCGAACCUUGGUGAAGAUAUUCACGUCAAUAUCGCUGAUUCUAAUAAUGAAACUGUUAAGGAUGAUGUUUUAAUACUCAAAAAUUUAAUAGAAGAGCCUGGAAAUAGUGGGUAA